UACAGUGGAUUUUCGAUCGUGAUUUUAUAUCUUGUUAUAGAUAUUGAAACAGAAAUGAAAUGAAUAUUUUUUUUUAAAAAAAAAGUAAUUUUGUUUAAAGCAAAUGGCUUUUGUUUUUGGAAAUAAGACGGGAAAACGGUCAAAUGAAUUAGUUCAUUGGUUUUGCUCACGCUGUAAACGUAAGAAAAGAAAUAGGGAAGCGGACAUAUACUGUCUCAACUGUCAUGAUUAUUACUGUUUGAAUUGUUUUGACAUUCACGAGAGUCUUCCAGCUCUGUCUGGACAUAAGAUUCUAGAUAAAGGUCAAGCCAAAGAGGGAACAAGUGGAAAUCUGCCUGUUUCACCAACACAAAUAUGCGAGAAACACGGUUUUAAACGUGUUGACAUGUAUUGUCAAAGGCACGAUAUCGUUGGUUGUUCUACAUGUAUGGAAGUCGAUCACAGGAAAUGUAACGUGCCGACCUAUGUGCGUGAGUACGUCUUAGAUCAUGACCCUACAAGUCAAUGUGAAGCCGUUGAGCAGAAAAUGUUAGCUGUUACCGGUGACAUUGAAUUUCAGCUGAAAAUGCGCCAGCGGGAAAUAAAACGUCUACUAAAACGGAAAGAAAAAGAAGUUGAGAAAAUAAAGCAGUUUUGGGUGGACGUCAACAGGAAGCUUGGCAUUCUUGAAAAGGAGAGCAUUGAUUACAUUAAAGAUAGAUACAAAGCUUUACUCAAGAUGUUUGAAGAGCAAUUUUCUAUACUGGCAACAUUCCAGACAGAUGUUCAGUCUUCAGCAGAAGAAUUAAACUCCGCCUCGUCAAACGUGUCACAAAAAUUUGAAAGCAUGAAAGUAGCUAACUCAGUUACAGAAAAGGCGGAAAAUGGUUUAAAAGAGAAGAAAGGGGGAUUUAAAAGAUUUGACGUUGUUUUUGAAGGUCAACAAAGGCUGAUGUCAAUGAUAGACCAAAUGAACAUUUUGGGACAAAUUGUUGAAAAGCCAGCUAUAUAUUGGCUUGGGGAAAGGAAGAAGAUUAGUAUCAAACAUGAUUCAGACGCAAGUGCCAAUAAUGAUAUACAGAGUAUAUGUAUGCUAAAGGAUGGCUGUGUGAUUAUCGCUGAUAACAGAAAAGGAAGCUUGAAACGUCUUAAUCUGACCUCACCCAACAUUGUAGAUGUCUGCAAACUUCCGAAAUUACCGUGGCAAAUUUGUGAAGUUGACAAUGAGAUAGCUGUUUCCUCCGGUGGGAUGAACAUCGACAUUGUAACUACAGAAGGUUCUCUUAAAGUAGCACGGGAAAUAAAAACCGAUCAUAAUUGCUAUGGCUUAGGGUACAGAAAUGGUAAAGUUUAUGUAACAGAUUCAAAGGCGACUUUAUUUGUCUACAACAAGACAGGGACAAUGCUGAUACAAGUUUCUAAAGAUCAGGUAGGUGAUAACUUGUUUAGUGAUAUAUACAGUCUUACAGUCAGUCGAGAUGGUGAGAGGAUAUAUGUUUCUGACCUAAAACUUGGUCUUGUAGUGCUCAGUAAGGAUGGGGAAUUACAUUGGGGAUACAAAACUUCCACACUAGUGGACGCGAGAGAAAUUUGCGAAACAAAUAGUGGAGAUAUCCUUGUUUGUGGAUAUUUUUCUAACAAUAUUUUACAAUUUUCGCCAAAUGGUGAGGUAAUAGGAGAAAUACUCACAUCAGAUGAUAAAGAUGGACGUUUACAGGCGGUUUGCUAUGAUCGCAAUCACAUGAGACUGAUAGUUGGACGAGCAGAACGGGAUUAUAUAGAAGUUUACGAGAUAAAUUGAACAACAAAUAUAAAUAACACCUAAAUGUUCAUGGCCGCUAAUCAAUAUCUGACUAAAUGAGGCAAUUUCAAGACAUCUGUAGUGAUAUUCACUUUAGAUUAUCUUCAGAGAAAAAUUCACAUUAUAUAUACAAAUUUUCCUGCGAUUCACCUAAGACGUAUGAAUUUUAAGCGUAUUUAUCUACCCCAAAACGUCACAUUACUUUUAUGGAUAAUACGUAUUAAUGACACUUGUGAAGAACUCAUUAACAUGUAUGAAUAUUGCCGUUCAACAAUGACCAUAAAUCCUCCAUUUAAAAAGGCUACGUGUGUGUUUUAAAGAAUUACUUUUUUAUGUAUAUUUUUUCUUUUCCGUGCAAAUAGGCCAUUUUCAAUGUGUUCGAUUAUUUGCAUUAUCUAAAUAUGGUCAAUACUUACAAUUAACACAUAUUACAAUGUGUAAUACAAACUACAAACUGAAAUUCAUCUUAGAUACAUCACUUUUUUUAGAGAAAGGAUGCCAUGAUCAAUCACAACGAGAGAACCUGCACCGUCCGGGAUUCAUAUCUGAUUCAGCCUCUACCAAAUAAGCUAAACGGCCGUUUACUUCCUGGAGUGACACAACAACGUUUCUAUUUUUCUAGUGAAAAUAAACUAAACACUAUCUCAGUAAUAAAAGUAAUUGUGGCGUCACCAAAUAAAAAAGCGUCAUUAGGUGCCAACUUUGGUUACGUCCUUUGGGACAAAAAUAUUUGUUUUGUGUGUGUGCGUUAGCAGGUAUAAUCUGUUUGUUUGUAGGCCAUUUAGUUUGAAUUUUUACUUCAAUGUGUCCGCUAUUGAAACAUAUUUGUAUUAUUUUAGUGAUAUUCAGGCUAAUUUAAAUAGAGCUAUAUUAUCUAUCGUAUAAUGAAUGGCAAUGGUUUAUCUAUUUCCACAUUGGUAUUACAGUAGCCAAAUUUAAUAAAAAUUGAUAAAAAGCCAGGUGAAAUUUACUCACUAUCAGAAUAGCCAGCUUAUACAAAUAUCAACAAAUUACAAUAUAAUGGUGACAAAUAUUAAAAGUGUAUGCCUGUACUGUCAAUCAUUUCUGUUUACCUUAGAUGUAACAUUAUCUUUUUCGUUAGAUCAACGUCGUCGUUUCACUUUUUUGUUUGAACGUUGUUUUAUGUUUGUAAAUGUAGUUGAAUAUAAUUGUUCCAUUCUUAUUUUCUGAAUUUAUGGAUGUAUUUUUGCAAACAAAGGAAGAAACGUUGUUCACGCUUUUCUCAUUGUUUACAUUGCCAAUUUCAAAGAGUAAGACAUUAUCAAUUUUACAAAUUCAAAUGUUUAACAUUUUAAAAUGCUUUUAUUGAUAAAAUAAGACAGAAAAUUUUAAGGCACCUAGAAAAGUAUGUUGAUAGCAUAAUGAUUAUGGUUAAAAUAUUUGUUAAAAGAGCCUAUGUGUUAAUAGUUUUUCUUUUCCGAAAUUGACGUGUCGUGAAUUACAAUUUAUGUACUAUGUUUAUCUUUGAUAUUUCUUUCAUCAACUAUUUCAAUUAUAAAAUUCCGUAUCAUCUGAAAUACAAAACUUUGGUAUUCAAACAAGCACCAAGGGAAAAUCUAAAGACAAUUAGUUAUCAUCAACUCUUCGUUACUUCUUUUAUUUAAUCUUAAUGCGUAAAUGUAGAGUUUACCAAUGUAGUAAAUUUUGCGACUAUACAAAGUAGUUUGAUUGAUUUGUUUAAGUGUUUUAACAGUUUUUAUAUGUAGCAAUUAUGAGGAGUUUACAUAAAUUAUGUAGUAUUGAUAUGUAGUUGAAGUAUUAUGUUCGUUUAAGGAGUUUACAGAUGCAGUUAAUAUGAGGAGUUAAUAUAUGUAGGUGGUGAUAUAUGUAGUUUAUAUGAUUGGAUAAAAUAAAAAGUUUUACGUCGCGGUCUUAUGAGGGUUUACAUAUGUAGCAAGCAUGAAAGAUUUACAUUAAUGACGCACGACGCGAAAAAUACCGGUCUUAAUGACAUUUUUUUCGAAAUUUGGUUUUUAUCUCAUUUUUGUAGAGAUUUUCUUUCUGAAUAAGAUAGUGAAAACUAUUUUUAAAUCAAAAUCUUAUUUAUUGAGAUAUACCUAUUUAAAGAAAGUAAUAUAUUUGAACAAUUUAUUAACAAAUGACGUCGAAAAAAUAAGUUGACGUUUAUUAAUUAAAGAAUUUUAAAGCGGCAAUUUUAUUUAUCCUAAAUCAACUCAAUUAGUUUGAUCUAACUGUAAAAAAGUAGUUUCAUAGUUCCAAAGUUUAUUUCAGAACUCAAUUUAUGUACACACAUGACAAUAUGAGCUUUAGCAUAUAACCAUACAUUACAUAAAGAGGUAUGACAUACACAUGAAAAAAAAUGAUAUUAAUACAAUUCAUCUUAACAAAAUGGAG